AUGGGGGAUGUCCAUAGUCGGAGGAGUCCUCCAUUCCCCUCGCCAACCGAGACCAUAUCACCUGGAGUGCCGCAACCUCACCUGCAGCCUCUCCGAUCGCCUGGGUACCGUGCUCAACAGGCACAGCAAGCACAAAGACUGGUGGACCACCUCGCAAAUAGGGUCGACGCUCUUGAGAGGUCGUCACUUCAGACAGCACGUUUAUCGCGUGGUGACUCGGCCGACCAGGUGAUUGGCCUGACACCGAUCACCGAGGAUCCACGAUCGGAAACUGAACGACAAGAAGAUCAAGUACGGAGCAAUCACACCCUCAAGGAACUGCGGAGACAGAUGGAAGAACUGCUUGUAUAUCAGCAGAUGCAACAAACUCAGCCCUCAAUUCCGUCUCAGACCCAAUCUUUGUCCGCCAAUUCGAAUGAUACUCCAAGAAAGAGGCGACUGUCAACUUCUCCUAUGGAUAUUCCGAUUACCGUCGUGCAGCCCUCCACGGGCUCAACAGAGUCAACGGGCACAGUCACAGGCGUCGAACCCGCUCGCGAUCGCGACUCACAACAGACCCCAUCAUACCCUUUUCCUCGAAUGCAGAAUCAAGCGGCUAAAAUGGGACUCGAACCGAUGGGACGAACCGGACAAUUCAGAUUGAAACUCCCAUCCGAAAAUUUCCCAGCUUCAAUACCGGAGGACCAGUAUUUGCCUGAAGAAACGAAAAUCGCACGGAAGCAGGCAAAUUUCCUGCCGGGUCAGCACAGUCCGGGUCAAGAGGACCCGAAUUUUCCUAGCCCAGAUCUUUAUGAUUUGACGCUACAGCUGAAUGCAGAUUCGGGACUCGAAGCAUGGUGGUCUAACCUCAUUGAUAUCAUGCAGACUAACUAUGGAGCCGAACGUAUCUCGCUCGCUGUCCCAGGGGAUGUAACGGAUCUAGAAAAUGUACCCUGGGGUCAAAAGGCAGUCUUCAAUCAAAAUGUCGAUACUUCAUUGGAAGAGCUCCAAAUACGCCACCGGGAGAAGGGUCGAUCAACAGAUACGUCCCCCUCAUGCACGAGCCACGUACAAAAGAAACCCGCAUCAGGACUGCAGGAAUUGAAAACACCUGCGUCCCCUCGACCGUCUUUACUAUCACGUCACUCCUUCGCUGGUUUUGACAAGAACAAAUCGCAUACCCAAUCUGAGAAGAAGCACGUACAAAUUGCGGAUCAACACCAACCAUUUGCGAGUUACUCGAAUGGACGAGAAACCACCGAUGCUGCAGAUGACAGUCUCAACGCUAUCAUUGGUGAUAUGCGGCAGGUCGUGUUUCCAACAGCUAGGCCGUUGGAGAUGGAACCAGACCCUUUAAUCAAGCGUUCAGGCGUGGUGAGAUUGUUUGGGCGCACUCGUCCCAUUGUUUUAACUCGCGAAUAUUCAGGAGGCUCGUCGCAAUAUUCACAGCCCUGGGCAGACCCUGUUCAAAGCCCAAACGAGACAGUCCAGGUCACCCCCGAUAUCAAUGGUCCAGACGUGAGGGGCGCUGGACGUGCACCGGUACAUCAUGGAAUUGGUGCCUUUGGGAUGAGACUAUACGACGAAUAUGAACAAGUUCCACAGUCUCCCUGGUCUCAAUCUCCUGCCCCCUCGCCUGCUCCCCGCACACAUGCAGAUCAAAACCCAUUCUUCACGGAUCAUUCGGUCGAUGAAGGAGCCUUUUCCAAAAAUCCGCCCUCACAUGACUACUCCAAUAAUCUGCCACUAGAAGCAAUUGGAAUUGAUCAGUCGAAGACCGUCAUCCACAUUCCGCUUUUACAUGGUGGUCACUCGAAAAGAGGCCCCUCAUCAACCUUGAGAUUUCCCGUGGCGAUAGUCUCAAUGCUUUGCACAAUUGUACCUUACCCAUCCAAUCUCAGGCAGUCUCUUGCAUUUUUGAUGCCACAUUUGACGACUUCAUUCUGUUUGGCCCAACGUUAUAGCCAGCUUGAAAGGCAGCUUUCGUCAAAGGUGGAGAGCCCUCGCUAUGGAUAUCUACUAGGUCUCGGUGGAACCUUCUCCGACGAAAGCAGUGAAUUGGAGCUCGUGGCAGGACUAAGCGGUCAUGUCAGCUACUCUGUUGGCGACAACAACCACCCAAUUUCAACACACACCAGUAUAACUAGCCCCAGUGAUCGUUCUUCUGCGAGGUAUAGUCCUGCCAUAUCUGCCUUAGGAACCCCAGGAUUUGAACUCGGACACGCCGGAUUUGGAUCUGCUAAUCAAUCUCCGGCAUUGACAUCACGCUCUGGCGGAGAAAGCUCUGACAGCUAUUUCAAUGUUCCGCAACACAAACCAUUUCGAGACAAUCCCCCGCAGACUAGACCCCGGCUUCCGAGACCAAGAACCCACAUUGAAACAUCGACACCUAUUUCCCCAGGGAAAUCCGUUGCAAAAUCGAUUGCUAUCGAGGAUUACAACGCACAAGAUUCUUUUGUCGCUUCUCCGCUGCAAGAAAUCAGACCACCUCAUGCUCGGUCACCAACUCAGCAAUCAUCUCGCCAGGCCUCCACGAAUUCGUUGUAUGCUCAAUUGCAGCGGGAGCUCCCGCGUCCGUUCUCUGACACGAUAGCCCAGCUGAUGCUUAAUUCAAUUCCAUUGCAUCUAUUCUUGGCGAAGCCGCAGAGUGGUGAGAUGAUUUGGACUAAUUCCAAAUUUGAUGCCUAUCGAAGGAGCCAACCCCAGGAGCAAAGGCUGCGGGACCCGUGGCAGAACAUUCAUAGCAGCGAGCGCGAGCAUAUCAGUAGCCAAUGGGCCAACGCCUUGCUUACAGGUGCACAGUUCACUGAAAGAGUACGGGUACGAAGAUUCAAUGAUGAAUCCGCAUAUCGCUGGUUCAUCUUCCGGGCCAACCCCUUGCUAUCCUCAACAGGAGAGGUGCUGUAUUGGAUUGGGUCUUUCCUUGACAUUCAUGAACAGCAUAUUGCUGAGCUCGAAGCAACCCAGGAAAGGGAGAAGUUUGCUAUUGAUGCAAAAUAUCGCGCGUUUUCCAAUUCCAUUCCGCAGGUUGUUUUCGAGGCGACGGAAAAUCGUGGCUUAAUUUUCGUCAACGAGCAGUGGAAUCUGUAUACAGGCCAAACACUCGAGGAGGCACAUGAUCUGGGUUUCGCGAAACAUGUCCAUCCCGAUGAUCUUGAAAAGUGUGGUGGGCUGUCUCUCAAUAGAGCAGUCCACAGCCCAGAUCAAGAUGAUAGCAAACGUUCUGAGUUCAUGGUUGGCUCAGCCCUAGACGAACUCGUCAGACGUGGCGUUGCUUCUUUGCAGCAAGAUGAGACUGGACGCGUCUUCUAUUCCACGGAAAUUCGCCUUCGUUCUCGAGGUGGUGACUUCCGGUGGCAUCUGGUUCGUCUGGUCCGUGUGAAGACUGGCAGUUUCGGAAGCGAAGAAGCCUCCUGGUAUGGAACCUGCACCGACAUCAACGACCGCAAGAACCUUGAAAGAGAACUCAACAAGGCAAUGCAACAGCUAAAUAAUCAAAUGGAGUCGAAGACAAAAUUCUUCAGCAAUAUGUCGCACGAGAUCCGGACGCCGCUCAAUGGAAUCCUUGGUACCAUUCCAUUCAUUCUGGACACGCAGCUCGAUAGCGACCAGAGACGAAUGCUUGACACCAUUCAAAACAGCUCUACCAAUCUCCGGGAAUUGGUGGAUAAUAUCCUUGAUGUGUCACGCGUUGAAGCCGGCAAGAUGGCAAUGGUCAAUUCAUGGUUCCAUGUACGGUCGAUGAUUGAGGAUGUAAUCGACACCAUCGCCUCACGAGCGAUUGACAAAGGCCUCGAAAUCAAUUACCUGAUAGAUGAGAAUGUCCCAUCGAUGGUGAUUGGAGAUCGGUUCCGAAUUCGUCAAGUCCUGAUUAAUCUCCUCGGAAACGCGGUCAAAUUCACUGCGCAAGGUGAAAUCCACAUUUGCUGUGAGAUGCAGCGUAAUGCACCUCCUGGUUCCAACGAUACCCAAGCAUUUAUGAACUUUGAGGUUGUAGACACCGGGAAAGGAUUCAGUUCUCAGGAUGCGGAACGAUUGAUGCAACGAUUCAGUCAACUUGGCGAAAACGGGUCUCAACAACAUGCAGGCAGCGGCCUCGGACUUUUCUUGUCCAAGCAACUUGUCGAAAUGCAUGGCGGCAAGCUCACACCCAGCAGCGAAGAAGGCCAAGGAGCAAAAUUCUCGUUCAACGUCAAGGUUGAUGCUCCUCCACCUCCAUCGCCCUCCGAGCAACCCAAAUUGAUGCGUCAAAGUUCCACUGCUUCAAGACGACCAGUCAAUUCCAGGACGACUUCUUAUCAACAAGCACCGCCUCUGGCUCCCAGACACUCCGACUCGUCUACCAAAAGCUCCGAAUCACGCCUUUCCGCCUCGUUCUCGAUUACAUCCUCUGCUCUUCCUACGCCGGAUAUUGGCUCUGUGCCCUUGCCGCCUCCGAUGGAUCAGACAAAGGCUGUGUCGCAUAUGCCAGAUGCGGUUUCGGAUUCACAAAUCCAACCCGCCAUCACCAAGCCCGAUGCAUCGACUGGGCGGGGUUCGCCUUUAUCCCUAGCAUCUGUAUCCCCAGGCAUAUCGGGUGGGGCUGUACCAGUUCCAUCAAAUGGUCCUUUCUCCAUCGUCAUACUAUGUCAGCUUAAGCAUUCUAGAAAGGCCAUCAAACAACACAUCCAGCAUGUUGUGCCUCACGAGAUCCCAUUCAAGGUGAAAACAUUGCCCGAUGUCGAUGAGUGGAAAGAUCUGAUGCAUUCCGCUUCCGAUGCCCCGCAGUAUACGCAUCUAGUUUUAAAUCUCCCAACUGAUGAUAUCCUGGAAGUUAUUAAAAGCGUAUCUGACUCCGCGGUGGACCCUGCGCCUGUUGUUGUCAUCAUUGCAGACCUCUAUCAAAAACGCCAGAUCAGCACCCAAGUCAAAGAGCUGGCCUCUCUUGGAAAGCAAGUCUUCAUUGUGCCGAAGCCCGUCAAGCCAUCUGCUUUCUCGGCCAUCUUUGACCCUGAUAGCAAGCGUGAGCUGAGCAAAGAUCGCAACCAAGACAUGGCUCGGGAAAUAAAUAACAACUUCAAGACCGUCUCCAAGAUGGUCAAGGAAGUGUUGGGAAAUAAGGGCUACCGAGUCUUGCUCGUUGAGGAUGACGAAACUAAUCGCGAUGUCAUGUUGAAAUACUUGGAUAAGAUCAAACUCAUGUCGGAAACUGCUUCGAAUGGGCUAGAGUGCACUAACAUGGUGCUCUCUAAAGAACCAGGAUAUUAUUCUCUUAUUAUUUGUGACAUUCAGAUGCCUAUCAAGAACGGUUACGAAACCUGUAAAGAUAUUCGUGACUGGGAACAAAGGAAUCAUUAUCCCCAGAUUCCUAUCAUGGCUCUUUCAGCAAACGCUAUGACUGAUCAAAUUGAAAAUGCUGCUCGCGCUGGGUUCAAUGAUUAUGUCACCAAGCCCAUCAAGCACAACGAAUUGGGCAAGAUGAUGAUGGGACUUCUCGAGCCUGGUCGCCCACUUAUGCUUCUCCGCGAUCGUCUUGCUGCAGAGCAUCAAAACUCUGCAUCUGCCCGCCGCUAA